AUGCGUGCAAGUUCCAUUGAUAUUCGUCCGAGUGCAAAAUGGGCACAGAAUGGUAUCUCUGUUGCUGGAGGAAAUGGAUCGGGCAGUGGAACCAAUCAACUUUCUCUUCCAUGGGGUUUGUACGUCGAUGAUGAUCAAUCCAUUUAUGUCGCUGAUUGGUAUAAUCAUCGUAUUGUGGAAUGGAAAUCUGGUGCAACGAAUGGAAAAGUAGUUGCUGGUGGAAAUGGAGCUCAUCGGUUAAACUUCCCACAAGAUGUGAUUAUCGACAAAGAGAGCGAUAGUUUCAUCAUCAGUGAUUGGGAGAAUGACAGAGUAGUUCGAUGGCCUCGUCGAAAUGGUACUCGUGAUGAAAUAAUUAUUUCCAAUAUCGUUUGCAUUGGUUUGACAAUGGACGACAAUUGUUAUCUCUAUGUCGUUGACAAUGGAAAAGAUGAAGUGAGACGAUAUAAAAUUGGUGACACUAAAGGAACAGUGGUUGCAGGUGGUAAUGGAAAAGGUAAUCGUCUCGAUCAACUCUCUAAUCCCCGCUACGUAUUUGUCGACCGAGAUCAUUCAGUUUAUGUAUCUGAUAAUGAAAAUCAUCGUGUAAUGAAAUGGGAAGAAGAUGCAAAACAAGGCAUUGUCGUAGCCGGUGGUCAAGGAGAAGGAAAAAGUUUUACACAAUUGAAUCGUCCUCAAGGAGUCGUUGUCGAUCAAUUGGGUACUGUCUAUGUGACUGAUUCUUGGAAUCAUCGAAUCAUGCGUUGGCCAAAAGGAGCCACACAGGGAAGUGUGAUUGUUGGUGGAAACGGUCAAGGAGCACGGUCAAAUCAACUCUUUCUUCCCAUAGGUUUAUCAUUCGAUCGACAUGGUGUUUUUCUUCAUACAACAUCAAAUCAUAUUAAGGAUGCACUUAUGAAUGGUGAUCAUGGAAUUAUUCAUAUACUUGAUUUAUAUAUUUAUAUAACAAAAGUUAAAGUAAUAGAAAAUACGAUGAAGCGUGAUGCACGUUCACCAAAAUUAUUUUAUCUAGCAGUUGGAUUUAAAUUAGAAAAAUUAGUUGUACGUUGUGAAAUCGCUUAUCUUUUAACAAAAAAUGGAAAGUUUCAAGAUCAACAAUGGAUUGAAAUAUGUAAAGAAAAUAUUGUUGAUUUACAAAUGCCAAUGGCAAAAAAAGAUCUAGCAAAAGAUAAUGAAAAACGUUCAUGUGAAUUAGCUACUGAUUUUACUCAUUUACAAUUACAACCAAUACAUAAAAUCAUGACAUUAAAAUUUGCACUUAAUCAAGUAUUUGAAAAUCCAUUAUCUGGUGCAGCCCAUUUAUCGGAAUUUAUAGGACAAUUAUGUCGAGUUACAAAAGCAACUGAAAUUGGAAUUCUAAUUCUAAUUCUAUUAUCAUUAUUAUUAACUUUUAAUGCAUAUAUUU